AUGACGAUCAGGGUGAUGAAGCUUACUUUUGUCUUUGUCGACUACAUGGCUGUUUCUCAUCCUGCGUUCACCACUGAGUCGUUCCGUGGCACCCUUGCUACAACUCGUGCUCGAGGAUUCACCAUUCUGGUUUUGAACCGUGGUCUCUUUGUCGGCUGGGAGACUCGAGAUACAACACGCAAACGUGCCAACGAGAUCUUCCGCCUCUAUGACUUUUUCGCAUCCAACAAGCUUGUGGUUCGAGUGCCAUGCUGUUUGUAUUGUCAGACACAUGAACAUGACACCGCUACCUGCCCAGAGGAGAAGCCAUCAUCAGGGGAAUACGUCUGCAAGACUUGCGCCAACAAGAACGGCCACAUUGCCGACACUUGCCCCACGCGUUCUUUGCCGAAACUAUUCUACGACGGGACAUGGUGGGAACGAGUGCUCUCUCGAUCUGAUCUGCACCCGAUGUGGACUCGAGGGCCAUUUCUCCUUCAAGUGUACCACCGUCGGUAUUUCUUGCAGACUGUGCAACUCCAAAGAUCACACUCAGUGGGCAUGCCCAAGCCUCCACCCUGA